CCCACGUUCCAUGCCAGUCAUUCAAAUUACAUCUGUGAAUCUGCAGUGGAUGUCAGUGCAAAGUUAAUGACACCCCAAACACAGGUCGCAAAUGUAGUAUGUUUGCCUGCAUCAGAUCGCAUGGCAGGUCCGGAUGUAACCUAUAUGAUCUGGGGGUGCAGUAAAGAAAAAUAUGUAAUGGCGUCUACCCUAGUAUGUUCUGACCAGGGGCGGACUGACCAUUUGGAAACUCGGGCACUGCCCGAGGGCCCGGGGUCAGUAGGGGGCCCCAUGAGAUGCCCCUGGUACCUUUUUCAUAGGCUUUUUUGAGUUUGGGCAAGGACACAGGGGCCCCAUGAUCCCCUAUUGCCCGGGGGACCCCAU